AUGGACAUGUUUCUGUCUGAACGCAGGUCUUUGAUGCUGACCAACCCCUUCCUGGUUCUUAAUCCUGACCCCAAGACCGAGUACAAUGACCAGCUUGUGCGGGCGACCAAUGUGGUGUGUUCAGCAGUGCGCUUCAUGAAAACACUGCAAACUGGAUUACAGGAACCAAAGGUUUUCCACCUCAACCCGGCAAAGAGUGACACAAACUGCUUUGAAAGCUUCAUCCGCUCAGUCCCAUCUUCUCUGUCUCAACCCCUGGACAUGUCUCAGUACUUUCACCUCUUCAACUCAACUCGGAUCCCCAAGAGGGGUAGAGAUGAGCUCUUCACAGCCGAGAAAGCGCGACAUCUCCUAGUGAUGAGGAAAGGCCACAUGUAUGUGUUUGACAUUGUAGACAGGGAUGGGAAUUUGGUGAAGCCUGCUGAGAUUCAGUCCCACUUGAAGUUCAUUUUGUGCGACCCAACGCCAGCAGCUGCCUUUCCUCUCGGGGUCCUGACCAGUGAGAACAGGGAUGUGUGGGCCGGACUGAGGGACAAGCUGAUAGCUGCUGGAAACGGAGAAGAUUUACGGAUUGUUGACAGUGCGCUUUUCUGUCUCAGUCUGGACGAUGAAAGCAUGAGGGACAACAUCCACAUCUCCCACAACAUGCUGCACGGCGACGGCUGUAACCGGUGGUGGGAUAAGUCCUUCACAGUCAUUCUGACCAAAGAUGGACAGGCAGCCAUCAAUUUUGAGCACUCCUGGGUCGACGGCUUACCUAUUCAUAGCUUUCAAAAGGAAAUCUUCAAAGACACGACGGAGCAGCCGCUGGUACACCCGGGCUCCGCUGCUGCUGCUGUGGAUUCAGCCUCUGCUGUGCGCAGACUGCAGUUCCACCUGGACAGUGAGCUGGAGAAUGGCAUCAAAAAAGCCAAGGAGAACUUUGACUCAAUUGUAUCAACACUCACCAUUGAUCUCUUGGAGUUCAAGAAAGGUGGCAAGGCACAGUUAAAGAAGAGCAAGUUGAGUCCAGAUGCUAUAGCACAGCUGGCUCUUCAAAUGGGUUUCCUGAGGCAGUAUGGACAGAUAGUCCCAACACGACAAGGGUUUAUCUGCCACCUGUUUGCCCUGCAACACCUGGCCAAUUCAAAGAGCGAGUUUCUGCACAGCUUCUACACAGAACCAGCAAACACUGCAUUCAACCAGUCUAUCAUCAAUACCAGCACCCUCAACAGUGAAGUUAUCAAGUUUUUUGGCUUUGCCCCGUAUGACCAUGAUACGUUUGCUGUUGCCUACAAUGUCUUUGACGACCGGAUCUUUUGCAGUGUGUCCAGCUUCCAGACUCGCAACGUCCAUGAAUUCGUGCAGUGUGUCCACAAGUCCUUAGAGGACAUUUUCAGUGUCCUGGAAGGAAAGACACUCACCUAA